AAUGAAUGUUUUGCUAAUUCUAGAAGCGACAUGCUAAUGGACGGGUUGAGAAAGGGACUUACAGGUGACGGCGUAAAUGUAAGACUCAGAUAAGAAUGGCCACAGGAGGAGCAGCCAAACCACGAAAAAACAGCAAUAAUGGCCAGAAAUCCACUGUGAAGAUCUUCAUCACAUCGUAUUCAGACGAAUUUCAUUCAGAGAGAGAUGUGAUAAGGAAGCAGGUGCUGCCUGAACUGAGGUUGUGGUGUGAAUCAAAGCAACUCACGGUGGUGGAACACUUUGUUAAGUGGGGCUCGAGACAUCCAGAGAGGAGGGAUGUUAUUGACCAGGAGAAGAUACAGACAAGCAUUGAGUCAUGUUAUUUCCAUAAUGUGAUGCCCUUAUUUCUUAACAUAACCAGUGAGGCACUAGGAUGGGUGCCGAUGUGGGGAGAACACUUGGAUGAUAACAUAGAGGAUUAUAUUGCUGCAUAUGGUUUACUGGUGGAGGACCUAGAGGUUAUGUAUGGGGCCUAUCGUGAGGAUAACCAUAACUCUUUAUUUUUGAUGCGGCAAGACGAUUUCCUUGAAAAGGUGCCAGCUACAGAGAACAAAUAUUUUGUGAGAGACACAGCUGCUUCUCAGAAGAUCAAAACUGCUGGAGAUAAAAUCUCUCAAAAAUUUCCAUCUAGUAGAAUUUCCAAGUAUAAAGUGCAAUAUAUGGGUUUGGACCAGAAGAAGAGACCACGGGUACAGCUAGAGGACAGCUUCACACAGAUGGUGACAGACUUUUGUAAACAGAAAAUAGCCUAUGAUUUCCUUGGGGAACAGCCCCAGUCUUCUACCAGGGAGGACUCCAACACCAAAUUAGAGCAUCAGUUCUUUAUGAAAAAUAAAGGGGAAUUUGUGAUAGGUAGAUCUGACGUCAUCCGUAAGAUUGAGGAUUAUAUAUUCCGGGACGAGAAGGAUGUUCCACUUCUGAUCCUCGGAGGACAAGGGUAUGGCAAAUCCUCCAUCUUAUGCAAGGCUGCAUCUGUGAUAGAAAAGAAAGUACAGGAUGAACAGCUACAAAGUACAUCACGCCAGAAGUGGCAUGUUUUCUUCCACUUUGUUGGUGCAGCACCUGGUUCUACAUACCUUGAAGCCAUGCUAAAACGUCUGCUCAGGGAAAUGGAAGUUAUCAAUGACUCUAACAUCCCACGAGGAAUUGAAUCUACUGCUCAGAUGUGUUGUAGCAUGCUAUCUAACCCUAACACACGGCCAGUGAUCAUCUUCAUAGACGCUCUCAACCAGUUUGCUGAGGAACAGGCAGCCUUAGUUAUGAGUUGGUUGCCAAGGAAACUUGCUCCUCGAGUGCGCUGUGUGUUUUCCACGAUAGAGAACACACCCCAGCACAAAACCUUGGUUGCCAGAGAAACAAAACCUAUUUUACUUGAGAUAAGUCCCCUGGACAUGGAGUCUCGUCAGAAAAUAGUAACAGAACUGCUAAAGAAGUAUAACCGUUGUUUGAGCGAGAGUCAGUUGAGUCGUUUAAUGACCAAGCAGACAUCGGAAAACCCUCUCUGGCUCACUGUGGCAUGUGAGGAAAUCCGCCUUCUGGAUGACCUCUGUGAUGUAGACAGAAAGAUCUCGGAGCUUCCAGAAAGUCUACUUAGCCUGCUGGAGUAUCUGUUGACACGACUAGAGACAGAAGCUGGUGGUAACCUGGUAGUUGCCACUUUGUGUCUGUUGGAAGCCUCAUCAGCUGGACUCCUAGAGAGUGAACUUCGACAGAUCCUGGGACAGGAGGCCACACUCAUGCCACCAAGUCCAUUUGACGAAAAAGAGGAGAAAGAAUCAUCAGAGAAAGAAAGUGCAAAAAAUAUGGGACCUCUUCCUGAUAAAAAGUGGACAAAAGUGUUCUCCACACUUCAGCCAUUUCUCCGGCCUUAUGGGGACAAUCGUGAGGGACGGCUGGACUUCUACCAUCGUGCCCUCAGCAAAGCUGUCAUAAAAAGAUAUUUCCAGAAGAGUGAUGAAGAGAAAGCCAAUGGUCAAGAAAAAUCGGACUCCUACUAUUGGUGGCAUAAAAAACUCGCUGACCACUUCCAACACAUGGACAAUGUUGAUCGAUAUGUAGAGGAAUAUCCAUGCCAGCUGGUCUGUCUGGAUGAUGGUUAUCGUCUAGCCCAAUGUCUCUGUGAUUGGAGAAUAUUUGAUCAGUUGUACCAUGAAGAAUUCAGCUCCAGGCUGCUAGCAUACUGGAGAAAGGUUGGUACGGCUGCUGAGAUGAUCUCCUACUAUGAGAAAGCAUUGACAAGGUUUGAGGAAGAUGACACAGUAAAUGAGGAGAAUGUGUCUAUACGAUACGAGAAAGUAUGCAGGGUUGUUAUACAGGCGGGAAAAUACUUAGAAGCAUUAGAACUUCUGCGGACAGCCAUGAAAAUUGAGGAGAAAGAGCUUGGAGCUCGGCCACAUCGUAUGGUGGAGUUGUACGCUCUAAUGGCAGAGAUUUAUGAUGAGAAACUCAAGUUGAAUGACUUUGUGUCCCCUAGUCAGCUCCCAGAUCUCAGGAAAACUAUACAUUACGGGAGGAAGUCUAUAGCCUUGAGGAAAAAGCUCCCUGGCACAUAUCACAAGUUUAAGUUAGGUAUGAGUCUGAUGAAGCUAGCCUUUAACAUGGAGAGCUGGGAGGCGUGUGGAGGCGGACCAGAACUCACGGGUGAGGCAGCCUUAGCCGAGGGGAACAAAUACAUAGACAAGGCUCUCAAGAUAUUUGAGGAGUUAAAUGAUAUGGGACACUAUGCCGAGGCCCUAAUGACAAAGGGUGUCCUGGCUCGUCGUGGCAGUAUGGAACAGUUGAAACUGUAUAAUGAGGCAAUGGAUCUGUGUAUGCAGAUGUAUGGCGAGUACCACAUUCUGACAUCUCGGCUCUACAUCAAUAUAGGUAUUGUGUAUGAAGAUAACAAUGACUUCAAAAAGGCAUAUGAGUAUUUCAAAAAGUGGGCUCGUGUAAGUGAGGAAAUCCUUGGUCCUGAUCAUCCGAAAACUCAAAGAGCAAAAGGUGUGUUACGUGAGAGUCGUUAUCAGAGAAUCGCACGAACUCUUGGUGAGAGUGAUGAUGAUCAUGACGAGGAUCGUGAUGAGGAUACAAAUGAAGAUGAAGAAGAAAUGGAAAAUCCAGACCUUGAACAUUAUUAUGAUGAUCAAAUAAGUCAGGGGGUAGGACAGCAGAUACAGCUCGAUAAUAGUUUACUGGAGACGCUGAAUCCGUCAGAGAUCAGUACAGAAGAGGCAGAGAAUCAGCGAAACCUUGGACAUACUCACCAAAGUAAUGUCCUCCAGCCUAUCAAUAAUGCUGAUACCAUUGAGCAGUUGAUGAAUGGUUAUUAUGAGGGAAAUGAGGACGAGGAUGAAAACGGUAGUGGUAGUAAUCACGAAAACUCUGAUAAUGAAAAUUUUUAUGAUGAUAAUUUUGAAGACUAUGAAGAACAUUACAUCCUUCAUUCAGAUAGUGGCCCUGUUAUAGAGGAGUUUAAUGUGAAUCUAGAGGAGGAAGAUGACGAGGAGGAUGAGGAAAUUGUUCAAAUCACAGCGCGGGACUCCUAUAAUAACGACCUUGAACAGGACAAUCGAUAUGCGGGGGAUAGUCGUGAAGGAAGCGAUGAUGAUCCCUGAAUCUGAUACUCACAAUCUUAAUAUUACACAUUGAAAAUGUCUUGUUUGCAAAAUGGACACCAGCUAAGCAAAGAUCUGCCUCCGUUAGUAAUCUUCUUUGCUUUAUAGGUUUUGACCAGUGUUAUGUAGUAUUUCAGACUCGCAAUCCUUUGGAUUUAAAGCCUCAUCUGCUACAAAGUAUCUUAACACUUCAGAACUUGGAUGUUAUCAGAAAAGAGAUCUCAAGGAAAUUUGUGCUGUUAAUCAUUGUGUUUUUGGAAAAGUCCUGUGCCGAUGAAUUCAUUGUUUUUGUGGAGUUAUUCUUAGUCUACACCGAAGCCUCAUUGUGAAUUUAAUUGACAAAAUCAUAUGCACUGAAUUGUCAAUAUUUUCACACCAGAACUUUAAAUCAUUCAAAGCUGAUUUCUAAACAUAACCUUAUACUAAAGUAUAAACCUAAUUACAUGCAGUCAUGUAGAUUUCAAAAGUACCUCUGGCACAUUUAUUGAAAUUUAUAAAGGUUAACUAUAGCACACUAGCGCAGAUGUCAAUUCACAUCUAACGUGAUGUUCAUUCAUUUCUCAGUAUAUAUUAUGUUAACAGGUAAAUUUAAUCAUUUUUUUAAUUUAAGUACUCCAUAUUAAUUUAUUUAGACACUCAUAAUUAGAAAGAAGUAUAAUAAUACUUGUAAUAUAUACUAUUCCAUAAUAGACAUCCAAGCCCAUGUCUAUAAGACCACAGAAAAACAGAAACGAGGAAUCAUUUAAAGAUGGAUGGCACACAGUUAAUGAGAAGGGUGAAAAAUUAAAAUGAGAUCUCUUAUUUCACUUCAUUUUCUGGGCUUCAUUACAUGGAGACUGUGCUCCAUUACACAGUCUUUUUCUGAAAUGCAGGUUCUUGUUUGUUUUGAAGUUUACACAGAUGAUGCCAAAUUCACCUCAGUAGUAAAGUUUGGUCUGUUUGAUGUCUCACAGAUGUGUUUGAAUUACACUUUUUUUAAAAAAAAGACUUACCAAUUUGUUUCAAUUAUAGUAUACUGUAUAUGUAUUUAAAUUACGGCAUUCUGAGAAGGGUUAGACUCUUAAGCAUAAUCUGAAAUUUGCAAAAGAAAUAUUUCAAAUUAGUGGUAAUAUAGUUUUAAGACAUGCACUGUAUAUGUCCAUGUGUUUUUCAACUGUGACCAUGUACAGGUAAGACUAUCACAGUGCCAUACUUUAAUGAAAAAUGCUAUACUUUUCAGGUAAAAUGACCAUUCUAACUGACCAAUAGUACUGUAUGUAUAUAACACUCAUCAACAUGGCAUUGUUGAAUAUGUUGUAUUUCAUGCCCAAUGGCAGAACCUAGAAAAUUUAGCACUGCUCUUGAAUUAGUGCAAAGACUAUUAGAAUACUGCUUAAAUAAGUACAUGCAUAGUUAUUGAUAGGUAAAUAUUUGGACCAAGGUCAUUGGAACAGUGAUUUCAACAGGUAAUGAAAUGAAAUUAAAGUGUUCCGAUUUUCAUCUGAUUGAUAAACAAACUAACACCCAGAAUAAACAGCUGUUUUUUAAUCAUAAAUGUGAUAAAUCAAAAGAAAUAAUUUUAUGUCCAAGAUGUGGCACCAUGUUAAAAGCCUAGUUGACCACUUGAACCCUUGGCUAUUCACAUCACUUGCGAAGUUGGUCUUUCUGUUUUGCAGCUGGUCAUAUGUCAUGACCUCUGGCAGAUCUGUGUGCUGUCUUAGCUACAUGCAGCUUCCGUGUUUAACUCUGGAAAUUAUUUUCCUUUGUUUUAAUUUGAUUAAUUUGUUCAGAGUUUUACAAUUAGUACAACUAAUUGUUCUGACAGGAUGACAUAUACAUAUUGAUAUAAACUAGUGAUAUAUAGUGAUAGCAUGUUUAAUGUUAUUUAUUUUUACAUCCAUGGUAUUAAGAAAUACAGGAAAUCAUGUUUAUGCUGAAGCAUAUGUAAAACUUCAAAGUGCUGAACUAUUACCACUGUGAUGAAUGUCUGGUUAGAAAAGAAAUUGAAUUUUAAACCUCGUUUGAUUUGUAGACACUGAAAAUCUAUACUGGCCCUGACAUAAAACCGUGCGAUACCUAAAUACAAGGCUAAUAAAACAUAGUCUCAUACACACGAAAACAGUUUGAAUAUGUUUUUAACAAAUGCAAACCAUAGAUGAAGUACCAUGUACUAUUUGUUACUCAAAUUCUGCCUUUGUGUAAUACAGAGUUAUCUGCUCUUGUGAGGAGGUAUUGAUUGUUAUGUCAUUAGUUUUUGAGAGAAUAAUGACAUAAUUUUCUCAUGCACAUUAAUCUCCUCACAGGAGCAGAUAACUCUGUAUUACAAAAAAGACAAAACCAUAUUCUUUAAAAUUACCAACCUUAUCCUUUUGUAUUCUUUCAUAACUGUUUUGAAUCACAUUUAGUUAUUCAAAACUUUACAAGUCUUCCUUUGUCACCGUUACCAACCCUGAAGAGUUCCCAUGCUUUAAUUGUUUUUAAUUAUGAACUGCUGUAUUGAGAAUACUUCUUCCCUGAUGUUGGUAUAAUGUCGUAUAAUCCUGCUGAUUGUGUUUUUUUCCUGGAUUAUAAAAAGAAAUACAAGUGAAAACUGAUUUUAAUUCAGUUGGAAAUUGAUUUUACUCCAGCAUUCAAAGGAAAGCUGUUUAAUUUCUUUAAAAAACCCUGGCAAAGGAAUUACUAUUUUUUUUAUAUUUUCAUAUCAAUAUCAUAAAACCAUCAUUGUUGCACCAUGGUUAUGUUGUACUGGUGUCGAGUGGUAUGUCAAAGGAUUUCUAGAUGUAACUACAACAAAGUUAGGAUGUAUUACAUGAUGAUGCUGGCUAUCAGAUAUGUAGUAUGAUGUGUUUGUGACUUUGUUUCCAUUUCCCUUUAGCAGUGCAAGAAAAUAUUGCAAAACCCUUUGCAAUAUUGAGACCUCAGUGAUUGUUUUUGUUUUUGGGGGGGAUUUUUUUUAUGCCUGUCAGUUUGGUAUAAUAUUUAUCUAAUAAUAAACCCAUGUCAGAUAAUUAGCCCACCUUUAUCAAUUUUUAUUGUUUUUUUUUUUUUUUUUUUUUGCUGUCCUGAACAAAUUAACCUGUUCCCUGGCUUUGAAUCAAGAGAUUUUGUGUUGGUCACCUGUAUAUUUUUCAAGAUAAAGCAAUCAUAUAACUUCUACAUGUGAUAAUUAGGACAACAGGGAAAUGAUGGAGUCCUGCUACUACUUUUAUGGACAAUAUACCAACAGCAACACAUUUAAAUUUGUACAAUGAAAAUGUACUGAAAUCAACUUUAUCAACCAUAUGUAUUUUCAGUUGGUCUAUAAAGCAUGGAAAACAAGAUUUUCUUUUUUUUUCUCUUUGUGAAUGCUUUUAUCAAUAAAUAGGCUUGAAGUAAAGAUACAUAAUGUGUCUAAAUGCAUAUAAGGACACACCCACCUCUGCUGGAUUUGCCCUUCUUUACAUACCAAAAAGGUACUGUAUAAUAUCUCCAAAUUUGUUUGUUAGGACACCAGGUCUUGUCCAUAUGUGCACACAAGGACAUGUCGUCAAAUACUGAAAGCAUAUACUCUUCAUUUGCAUAUGAGGACACGCUCACUAUUGCUGUAUGAUUGUCUUUCAUGAUGGCACACAUUCAUUGAAAAUGAUUUACAGAAUGAUGAUAUUGCUUAUUAAUGUCUUAUCAAGACAAAACUAUAGUGCUGGCAGUGUCAUGAAUGUAAAUUGUGUCCUCAUUUGCAUGUUAGGAUACACCCAUCAGUGCUGGCUGUAUGAUUGGUUAAUACUACUGGGGUGUUGUUGCUUUAUUUGGGUUUUCUCAAAACCCAAUAAUGUUGUUAAUAAAUCAUGGUGAUAAAACUUGAGAA